CUUCCGUUUCCUCCUGCCUCCUGAGCUGUUGCUCCUCACUGCCGGGUACCUCCUAGCCACUCCAUACCACUGGUGUCCACAGCAACUCUCCUGGCCCCCGACUGCCGUCACUGGCCUCAGAUGCAAUGCAGGCCAUCAAGUGUGUGGUGGUGGGCGAUGGAGCUGUGGGCAAGACGUGCCUUCUCAUCAGCUACACCACCAAUGCCUUCCCUGGAGAAUACAUCCCCACUGUGUUUGACAACUACUCAGCCAAUGUGAUGGUGGACAGUAAGCCCGUGAAUCUGGGGCUGUGGGACACUGCAGGCCAGGAGGACUAUGACCGCCUGCGGCCACUCUCCUACCCACAGACAGAUGUGUUCCUCAUCUGCUUCUCGCUAGUCAGCCCGGCCUCCUACGAGAACGUGCGAGCCAAGUGGUUCCCCGAGGUACGGCACCACUGCCCCAGCACCCCCAUCAUCCUGGUGGGUACGAAGCUGGACCUUCGAGAUGACAAGGACACCAUCGAGAAACUGAAGGAGAAGAAGCUGGCUCCCAUCACCUACCCGCAGGGGCUGGCACUGGCCAAGGAUAUUGAUUCAGUGAAGUACUUGGAAUGUUCUGCACUCACCCAGAGAGGCCUGAAGACCGUCUUCGAUGAAGCAAUCCGAGCAGUGCUGUGCCCACAGCCCACACGCCAGCAGAAGCGCCCCUGCAGCCUGCUCUAGGGGUGUCACCUCAGUCCUCCCAUCCCAAUGGUCCUGACCCUCCAAGGCCCCCACCAGAGCCCGGCGACAUGCUGGCGGGACAUGCGGUCCCCUUCGUGUGAUGUUUCUUCCCAGUCAGCUGCAGAACUUGCCUCUCUCCUCCACAGAAGUGCCUGGGGAUGGGAGGAUGUUGAUAGGCCACGCCCUCCCUGGGAUGCUCCUGUGUGCCCAGGGACCAGAGGGGAGCCAUCCUCAUGUCAUACGACAUCAUAUGCCCGCCCGCCUGCUCUAGGCCUUCCUGAUGCCUCUCUCGAAGCUUCCGGUCUCCAUGGCUGUCACUACUGUGUUCGGACACCUCCUUCCCUGAACCAAAGGGAGAGAUGUGGACGUCUGCUCCUCUGUUCUUCUUUUUCAGAAAAACACAGAACACAUCUUUUUCUGUCAAUCUCUUAGCUGCCCAGCCAAACGAAGGUCUGAGCUCAGCCGACCCCUACCGUCCCUCAAGGCUUCCUACCCUACUUGAAGGGUAGAGCUGCACUUUCUUGGGACUGUCCACCCCACCUGCCAGUCAGGGCCCGAACCAUGACAAAUGGAAAACACAGCUCUCUUGCUUACGCAGAAAAUAAACGUGUUGAUUCUUGGUGGAAGGGCCAUGAA